AUGAGGCGGUACUGGCUGAGAGCUCGGGGUCGGGUGUAUAGGGCAGGAGGUCUCUCUAUAACAUGUGUGACAAAAGCAGGCUGUGAGACUGGAUGUAGAUGGUCCUUGAUCGCGGGCAGACUUCCAGGGAGGACUGCUAAUGAUGUCAAGAAUUACUGGCAUACUCACCGCUUUAAAAAGAUGGUUCACUUCCCGGACGAAGGGAGAGAUAAACCCCAAACACAUUCUAAAACCAAAGUUCUAAAGCCUCGGCCCUACAAGUUAUCCAAAUUAUCGCCAAGGUUUGAACUAAAAACUACAGCUACGGAUGCUUUUGACAUGCAAAUAUCUACAUCUAGUAAGCCAUCAUCCAAGUUACCACAGCCAAAUGAUGAUAUUGCAUGGUGGGAAAGCCUGUUAUCUGGGCAUGCCCAAAUGGAUCAAGAAACUGACUUUUCGAUUUGUAGCUCUGGAGGGGAGCGUAUCUCAAGCCUCUGGGCCGAACAAACUGCAACAGAGACAAAGGGAACCAUGGAUGGCAUGGUGGAACAAGUCCAGGGAGGUGAGGGUGAUUUUCCAUUUGAUGUGGGCUUUUGGGAUACACCCAACACAAUUGUUGGAAUGUAUUUUGAGUCACGGUCAACUGAGUCACGGUCAACUGUGGGCGGGGGAGAACGUUCUGGAAGAACGAAGAAGAAAGGGAAGACAUCAUUUUGGAAGCCAAGGAAAAAAUUCAUUUGA